AUAUAUACAAAGCUAUAGAAGCAGAACAAAACAUAUCAUAUCAUAACACCCAAAAAAAUACAAUGAAAUUUGUGGUGAGUGUUUACCUUAUACUAUGUUUUGCCUCUUCCAUUUUCAUUGCAAUGGCAAUAGUACAAAGAACACAACACAUCUUUGGUGGUGAUGAGUACUAUGUUCGUGUGAUUAAUGGCUUCAAUGAUAACUCUUCUCUUCCUUUAGUCAUUUGGUGUUCAUCAGAAGAAAUUGAUCUUGGUGGUCGUGCUUUGCAAGAACAUGAUGAAUUUAGUUGGAUCAUGAGGCCAAAUUUUUGGAGUAGCAACUAUAUGAAGUGUACAAUGAAAUGGGAUAGUACAAGGAAGAUUUUUGAUGCUUUUGAGGCUUCUAGGGACAUAGAACGUUGUGGAUUACAUAGGUUAUGUUCUUGGAGGGUUACACAAGAUGGGUUUUAUUUUAGUAAUGAUGAAAUUAAUUGGAGGAAGGAUUUCAUAUGGUGAGUGUGUGAUAUGAUAUGUGAUGCCAAGGUUUUCUCUUAGCUUGGAUUCACCAAACCAUGUAUGAUAGUUAUAGCAAUAUAUGUUUAAUAGAGAGGUGAGGAAUCAAUUUUGCAUAAUUAUUAGAAGAGGUGUGUGCUUUUGUAAUAUCACAAGGCCUAAUGGCCUAUAUGUGUUGAAUUAUAUGAUACAGUAUUAUUAAUUAAGAUUAAUUUUGGUAAACAA